CGAUGAAUCCUCUUCUUUAGAUUCAGACCAGGUUGAAUCAGAAUCUGAUGUCGAUAUUGAUUUAUGUUAUGAUGAAAAUCUUGUUAUGUCCAUUAUUUCUCGUUAUUUAAACAAUCCAUCUCGAAUUAUAAACGUUCAUCCAAAAUCAAACCACUGGUACUCUAAUAUUUUGUUUAAUUAUGAACUUCGGUUUCGUCGAACUUUGAGAAUGAAACCAUCAACAUUUUGGAUGAUU